AUCCGCCCGUCUCGGCCUCCCAAAGUGCUGGGAUUACAGGCUUGAGCCACCGCGCCCUGCCCACUUUGCUUUUUCUAAUAUGACUAUCCCUUUACAUGUCUUUCUCCACUAGAUCCUAAAAGUUAAAAAAAAAAAAAAAAUCUUAAAAGUAAGGGAUUAUAUCUAAUUCGUCUUUGUAUAUCUACCCCAGUGCCUAGCAACAGUAUUUACUUUGUGAAUGUUGAAAGAAUAGAUUUACCCAAGGCACUACGUUUUUAAAAGAAGGUUUUUGCAAUAAAAGAUACUUUGCUGGUAGCCUCUUUGUGUCUUCUAAACGAUUAUGGGUUAUUAUUAAAGUAAGUCCUCACUUAACAUCAGUAGGUUCUUUGGAAAUUGUGACUUUAAGCAAAAUUACUGAUAAUGAAACCAAUUUUACAUAGCUAAUUGAUAUAAACAAGAGUUAAGUUCCUGUGGCAUAUUUCUGGACACAAGAACAUCACCAAACUUCUAAAUGAGGACCCAAAACACAUCUAGUAUUAAAUAUUGAGAUAAAUGUGAGCUAUAAAUACAUUUAAGAAAGGUUAAUAAAAACAAGAUAACUGUUUACCUAAUUUUGGUGAGUUAGUGAGUGAUGGUGGUUGUAGUGAUUAUCACUACAACUUUUAUUGUUUGAUUAUGUUAAAUCAAGGAAUAAAUGUUUACAAAGCAAAAAUGACUACCUCUUACUACUGUACAGUCCAAAAACAAUAACAAAUAAGGCAGGCUUACUGAGCACGUUCCUACCACAUAAUUAUUGUCGUGCAUCUCUAUGAUUAUUGUCUUCUUUACAGAUUUUUGUCUUAUAAUAAUUUGUAUUCAUCCAUUUCCCAACCCACUUGCUCUGGUUCAGGGUUGAGGGUGGCUGGAGCCUAUACCAGCAGCUCAAGGUGCAAGGCAGAAACCAGCCUUGGACAGGAUGCCAUCCCAUCACAGGUACACACACACCCACAUUCACUCAGAUUGGGACCAUUUAGACACACCAGUUAUGCUAAUGUGCAAAUUUGGGGGAUGUGGGAGGAAACUAAAGUAUCUGGAACAGACUCAUGCACACAUGGGGAGAACAUGCAAACUCCACACAGACGGUGGCCCUGGCCAGGAAUCAAAUAUUUUUGUCUCAUCAACGUUACAAGGCGAUGUUAUUCGAUCACCUGCUGUAUUUGGGUGCCUGGUUAGUAUUGUAGACAACUUUUAUUCAUGUUUUCUUUCUUUGUGUUUCUGAAGAUUGUUAGCCCUGAAAACACCAAAUCUAGCUCAGAUGAUGAGGAGCAGCAGAUGGAGCUUGAUGAAGAAAUGGAGAAUGAAAUUUGCAGAGUAUGGGAUAUGUCAAUGGAUGAGGAUGUGGCUUUAUUUCUCCAAGAAUUUAACGCUCCUGAUAUAUUCAUGGGAGUACUGGCUAAGUCCAAGUGUCCUCGAUUAAGAGAAAUCUGUGUGGGAAUUUUAGGUAAUAUGGCCUGUUUCCAGGAGAUAUGUGUGUCCAUCAGCAGUGAUAAAAAUCUUGGGCAGGUAUUGUUGCACUGUUUGUAUGAUUCAGACCCACCUACUCUGCUGGAAACAAGCAGGUUGUUGCUUACUUGCCUUUCCCAGGCAGAAGUGGCCAGUGUUUGGGUUGAAAGGAUCCGGGAACAUCCAGCGAUUUAUGAUAGCAUUUGCUUCAUUAUGUCAAGUUCAACAAAUGUUGACUUGCUGGUGAAGGUGGGGGAGGUUGUAGACAAGCUCUUUGAUUUGGAUGAGAAACUAAUGUUGGAAUGGGUCAGAAAUGGGGCUACUCAGCCUCUGGACCAACCCCAGGAAGAGUCUGAAGAGCAGCCAGUGUUUCGGCUCGUGCCCUGUAUACUUGAAGCUGCCAAACAAGUACGUUCUGAAAAUCCAGAAUGGCUUGAUGUUUACAUGCAUAUUUUACAACUGCUUACUACAGUGGAUGAUGGAAUUCAAGCAAUUGUACAUUGUCCUGACACUAGAAAAGACAUUUGGAAUUUACUUUUUGACCUGGUCUGCCAUGAAUUCUGCCAGUCUGAUGAUCCACCCAUCAUUCUUCAAGAACAGAAAACAGUGCUAGCCUCUGCUUUUUCAGUGUUGUCUGCCAUUUAUGCCUCACAGACUGAGCAAGAGUAUCUAAAGAUAGAAAAAGAUCUUCCUCUAAUUGACAGCCUCAUUCGGGUCUUACAAAAUAUGGAACAGUGUCAGAAAAAACCAGAGAACUCGACAGAGUCUAACACAGAAGAAACUAAAAAGACCGAUUUAACCCAAGAUGAUUUCCACUUGAAAAUCUUAAAGGAUAUUUUAUGUGAAUUUCUUUCUAAUAUUUUUCAGGCAUUAACAAAGGAGACGGUGGCUCAGGGAGUAAAGGAAGGCCAAUUGAGCAAACAGAAGUGCUCCUCUGCAUUUCAAAACCUUCUUCCUUUCUAUAGCCCUGUGGUGGAAGAUUUUAUUAAAAUCCUACAUGAAGUUGAUAAGGCGCUUGCUGAUGACUUGGAAAAAAGCUUCCCAAGUUUGAAGGUUCAGACUUAAAACCUGAAUUGGAAUUACUUCUGCAUAAGAAAUAAACUUUAUUUUUCUCACUGACA